AUGGAUUUUGUGACGGGAUUGCCUAAUACUUCAAGAGGACAUGAUUCUAUUUGGGUGAUUGUUGAUAGGCUUACGAAUUCGGCUCAUUUUAUUCCUAUUAAUAUCACAUAUCCAGUGUCGAGGUUGGCGGAGAUUUAUACCAGUGUGAUUGUGAAGCUGCAUGGCAUUCCUUUGUGUAUUGUGUCAGAUAGAGAUCUGGGGUUCAAAUCUGAUUUUUGGAAGAAGAUUGUUCGAGAAACUACUGAGAAUGUGAAGUUGAUUCGAGAGAAGAUGAAAACUUCGCAAAGUAGGCAAAAGAGUUAUCAUGAUAAGCGAAGAAAGGAUUUGGAUUUUCAAGCGGGUGAUCAUGUGUUUUUUAGAGUUACACAUGUGACUGGUGUUGGGCGAGUAUUGAAUUCUAAGAAGCUCACCCCUCAAUUUAUUGGUCUGUAUCAGAUAUCGGACAGAGUUGGGAAUGUGGCGUAUAAAGUGGUGUUAUCGCCUAAUAUUUCAAAUUUUCAUGAUGUGUUUCAUGUGUCACAACUCUGGAAGUAUGUUUCUGAUCCGCCGCAUGUGAUUCACAUGGACGAUGUGCAUGUACGGGAUAAUCUCACAGUGGAGCCGAUGCCAGUACGAAUUGAGGAUCGUGAAACAAAGACACUCAGAGGCAAAGAUAUUGCUUUGGUGAAAGUAGUUUGGUCGGGAACUGCUGGAGAAAGCAUGACUUGGGAAUUGGAAAGCAGUAUGCGGGAAUCCUAUCCUGAGCUGUUUGAAUCAGAUGACAAUUCAAGAUCCUUCGAACAGCAAAUCUCAUGUAUUCCAUCCCCUCUUCCAUUUGAGCCAGAAAGUGAGUCAUAUGAAGGACCAUGGCUUGAGAUAUGA